AUGCCUAUCAACGAUCACCUCAAGGUCAAGGACGUCUUUGCCAAAAAAUAUCAUGCAGGCAUGUCAAAUCUGGAGGAAGGGAUUGUCGAACACUGGAACUGGGGCCGCAUUGUUCUUGCAGGUGAUGGGGCACACAAGUUCACCCCGAACCAUGGGCAGGGACUCAAUAACGGCAAUCAGGACGUUGUUGCUCUAGUCAACGAGUUGCAUCGAUGUAUAGAAUCUGUCGGAGCCAGUAACCAGCCUUCCAAAGAGGAGCUAAGCAUUGCAUUUCAACGCUGUCAGUCUACUCGCAUCGAAUAUGUGAAGUCUGAUUACAACCUUUCCGCAGCAGUGACCCGGAUGUCUGCUUGGCCUAAUUUCUUGUAUGGACUGCUGGAUCGACAUGUAAUUCCUCUGAUACCGAGUUUCGACGAUAUGAUGACGAAUCAUUUCGCUGCCACGCAUAUAGUUCAAGGGCGGAUCUUGGACUUCGUACACAGCGAAGAAGUUUUCAAGGGCAAGGUUUCCUGGGUGUAUCCGAUCAAGGCUUAA